AUGCGCGCGACGACGAUUCAGACGACGACGACGCAGUUUACCACGGGAGGUGCGAAUACGUCGUCGUCUCGAAACCAGAUUCAGAAGAUUACCAACAACGCCGGGACCGCGAAAGCGGAUAAUCUUCAUCGGGGAAGAACAAAAUUAACGAGGAGGAAAAAUGUUCUCAGUCGCCCUUUUACGAGGGUGGUGGUGGUGUCGUCCUCGUCCUCGAACGAUCACGAUGUUCUCGGUUUAAGAGGAGGACAAACAAAACGACGGGGAGUUGGUGUCGUCGCGCGGAUGACAUCUGCGGCAGACACUUCCUCGUCCUCCUCGUGCACGAUAUCUCAAGAGCUCGCGAACUUGGAACAAGAGUUUAGAGACAUGUUGGAUCCAGAUUCAGAUUCGAAACCGAGAGCGGCGGACGUGAGAGCGAUGCGAUCGAGAAUCAACGCGUUGAAAAGAGAAGUUGCGAACGGGAACGGCGCGAAUAUCAUUCAAUCGCAAACGAAGACGAGAGCGCCGGACGCGAAAGAAAUCGCUCGGAAAGAGCUGGAACGUUUGAGAGAAGAACGCGAGAAACUUUUGAAAAUGAGAGCGCAAGUGGAAGAAAACGAACGAUUGAAGAAAAAGAACAGCGACAAAGGUAUUGCUACGAGUGCUGCGAAUAACGUAGAACCAGAGCACGAUAACCCGGUGACGACGACGACGACGCAGAAACCGAAACCGGCGGACGAACGCAAAGCGAGAGUCGCGCACAUGGAAGCGGAGAAGCAUAAAGAGGCUGUUAAUAUUGGCACGGUUGUCAUGGACGACGAGAUGAAAGCUCUGUUGGCGAAAGAAGAGCAGGCGAGAAAAGAAGCGGAAGAAUUGGAAGCGUCGAGAUUGAUGGCAGAGGCUGAGGAGGCAAAGUACGCGGCGUAUCUGGAAGAGUCGGGUGAUUUCAUGAACACGAAUUCUGGGAUUCGCUCGGGUAUUAACGAUCCGUUCUUGGACAGAGCUUUCAUAGUGGAAAAGUUAGAGUCGGAGCUUUUGGAAAACUUGGAAAUGCAAUCAGAUCUUCGCGCGAUUGAGGACAUCGAAGACCAACUGGAGUCACAAAAGAAAGAAGCCGAAGAGGCGAGACGAGCGAAAGACGAGGCCGAAGCGGCGAGACAGCUUGCGGAAGCGAAGCAAAAAGCGGAAGAAGAAGAAGCGCGUCUAAUCGUGGAAAAGCAACAAAAAGAAGCGCGCGCAAACGCUGAAAAGAUUGCCGCCGCGCAAGCUGAAUUGAAAGCCAUGGAAGCCGAAACGAAGAGGUUGCAGAGACUCGCCGAAGAGAAGAAGAAACAAGAAGCUGUUGCCCCAGAAGCAUCGACGACGACGAUCGAGUCUCCAGGUUCGCAAGCUAUUCGAGAUCUUCUCGAGCAAAAGCAAGCUGAAGCGGCUAAAGUCCGUGAGUUGGGUAUGGUCGAAGACGAACUCGCCAAGCGCGAAGUUGCAGAGGCGGCAAAGAAGAACAAAGCUAUCCGCGAAGCGAAAGAAGCGGAAGAGUUGGCAGCCAAGAAAGUCGCCGAAGCCGAAGCCGAAUUGAAGAGAAAAGCGGAAGAGGAAGAGGAAGCUAAACGCGUGGCGGAGUUGAAAAAGAUGGAAGAGGCGAAGAAAGCGAAAGAAACGUUGAUGCGUUUAAGGCAAGAAGCGGAGGAGUUGAAAGCAGCUGCAGAGGCGAAAAAGUUACGCGAACAAGCCUUGGCGAAAGCACAAGCGGAAGAAGAAGCUUUGACUGCGCAAGCGGAAAAUGAGAGAAUAGAAAUGGAAGCGAGAGAAGCGGCCCAGGCAGAAGCGACGGCGAGAGGAGAAGCUGAAGCGCGGGCCAUCGCCGAGGCUGAGGCACAAGCUCAAGCGGAAGCGGAAAGGAAAGCGAUUGAAAAACAGCUCCGAAUCGAAGAGCUCGCGAGAGAGGAACAAGCCAAAGCGGACGCCGCGAAAGCAAAAGCCGAUGCUGAGUACGCAAAAGCAGAGCAACAAGCAAAGAAAUUGCAAGAAAAGACGGAGAUUUUGAACGACGACAAUAUCGAACACUUGAGAGCAAAAUACGAAGAAUUGGCGAGAGAAUCCGAAGCAUCUCCAGGUGCGAGAAGAGACUGGGCAGAAGCGUUGAAAAUCGCUGGUGAUAAGGUCAGAUGCAUGGAACAGCACUCGCAUGGUCAAUCGCCGAAGAACGAUGCGCUCUGGACGGUGUCUCCGGCGACUCCGGUGCCCGGUCAAUCCGUCACCGUUUCGUACUGCAACCAAAACACCGUUUUGAACGGUAGACCGAAAGUUUUUGCUCAUUUUGGUACUAACCAAUGGUCGAAUGGUGCCGAGCAGUUUGAAAUGAAGGCAAGAACGUCGGCCGUUGCCGAUGACUCUACCGUCUGGUUCGACUUGGAUGUUUCCGUGCCGAGCAAAGCAGUCAUUUUAGACUUUGUCUUCUCCGACGGUAACGGCGCAUACGAUAACAACAAUAGAGGUGAUUUCCACGUUCCAGUUGCGGGAGCAAACGAAAUGCUGGAGAGAUCUCGCAUCGAGUCGUGCAUCAAAAUCUACGCGAAACUUCGAUUAGAGCGAGAAGAAGAAGAUCGGUUGGAAGAGUUGAGACAAGCGGAACGAACGAAGUUAAAGAAAAUCGCGAAAGUGAAAGCUGCAGAACUCACGGCGAAACAAAGAGCGCACGUUUUGUUCACCAUUCCAGAGUUUCCAAAAGCCGGCGAACCCUUCAAAUUAUGCUAUAAUCCAAAGAAUACUACUUUGAAAGAUGCGACGGGCGUUUCCGUCGUCGGCGGGUGGAACCGAUGGAACCACGAACAGGCGUUACCGAUCACGAAAUUGUCCCCAGAUCCAAGCUGCAAGGCGGAUUCGCAAGAUUAUUUCUCCGUCGAAUUGACGUCGCCGAAAGACGCGUUCAUGUUUGAUUUCGUCUUUUGCGAUCAGGACGGUAACAAUUACGAUAACCGUAAUCGUUUGGACUAUCACUUGCCUAUCGCCGGAGGCAUCAAUUCGGAUGGAUCGAAGGCUGCCGAAAAGCCAAUGCACGUCAUGUCAGUUGCCGUUGAGAUGGCGCCGAUUGCUAAAGUCGGUGGUUUAGGCGACGUCGUCACAUCGUUAUCGCUCGCGGUUGAAGCCGAAGGACACAGAGUCGAAGUUGUCUUGCCGAAAUAUGAUUGCAUGAAAUAUGAUUUAAUCGAUGACUUGAAAGAAGAGAAAGGUUUUGAGUGGGGUGGAACGUACAAUCACGUAUAUUCUGGCACCGUCGAAGGCGUCAAAACGUUCUUUAUCGACCCAGAUAAUGGAAUGUUUAAAGUAGGCAUGGUCUACGGUACGGACUACCUCUCGAUUCCCAUGACUGAUCAAGAACGUUUCGGAUUCUUCUCAAAAGCCGCGCUCGAGUGGAUGUUACAAUCUGGCAGGAAUCCGGAUAUCAUUCACAUCCACGAUUGGCAAACGGCACCGGUGGCAAAGUUUUUAGCCGAAGAUUACGCGCCGUAUGGUUUGGAUAACCCAAAAGUGAUUUUCACCAUCCACAAUUUGCACUACGGUCAAGCGUUGAUUGCGGACGCCAUGAAUAAUUGCGCGAUUGCCACCACGGUAUCGAGAACGUACGCCAAGGAGAUCGCCCACGAAGGUUGUGUCAAUCCAAACUUGCACAAAUUGCACGGCGUCGUAAAUGGCAUAGACCCGGACAUCUGGGAUCCGAGAAACGACAAGUUCUUACCGCAAUUCUUUGGCGAAGACGAAGUCAUUCCGGGCAAAGCUGCUGCACGACAAGCGUUGUGUUCGAGAUCAAACUUAUACAAUAAUCCAGAAGUUCCGAUGAUAGGUGUCGUCACGCGUUUGACGCAUCAAAAAGGUAUCCAUUUGAUUAAACGAGCAAUCUAUCGCGCUUUGGAGAGAGGGUGUCAAGUGUGCUUGUUAGGCUCUGCACCAGACGAGAAAGUCCAAAAAGAAUUUGAAGAGAUGGCGCAUCAAUUAAAGCAAGAGCAUUACAACACGGCUGCGUUGCACCUGUUCUACGACGAAACCAUGUCACACUUCAUCUACUCCGGAGCGGAUAUGAUUUUGGUCCCGUCCAUGUUUGAGCCGUGUGGUUUGUCGCAGCUCAUUGCCAUGCGUUACGGCACCGUUCCAGUGGUCAGACGCACCGGUGGAUUAGCCGAUACCGUUUUUGACGUCGAGCACGAUCAUGCUAAGGCUGCCUGGGAAGGCAUGACCCCGAACGGAUUCUCGUUCGAUGGUACCGACGAAGGAUCGAUCGAUUACGCGUUAGAUAGAGGUAUCGACAUGUUCUACAACGACAUCGAUGUGUUCAGAAAGUUGCAAGCGAAUUGCAUGAGCCAAGAUUGGUCGUGGAACAGACCUGCGAUUGAAUACAUAGAACUCUUCCACGCCGCUAGGAAAGCCUAA